AUGGCGGCUAUUGAAGUGGACGAGCGGAACUUCCGUUAUUGGAUGCCUCGUAUCAAGAAAUCUAUUGAAGAAGCUACAUUUGUCUCUUUCGACUGUGAGUUUCUGGGGCUGCCUUCGGCAUUAAGGGGAUGUGCUGUGUCGCUCUUUGAUACCCCGUGUGAUCGGUACAGAAAAUUACGUGAAGCCGUGUGCCGAUUUCCGCCAUGUCAGCUAGGAUUGGUGUGUUAUCAGGAAGGCAACGAUGAGGCAACGUACCGUGCAGAUGCAUUCUGCUUCACACUUUUCAAACGCAUGCCGGAGAAAGAGUUUUCCGUUUCAACUUCUGCCAUCACCUUCUUAGCCGAACAUAAAUUCGAUUUCAACAGAGUGCGUUGA